UCGGGGGCCCGGCCACUCGGAGCUGCGCUGCCGCGGGGACCUUGCUGCCCAGCCCUGCCGGACCCGCCCCGACCGGGGCUCGCCGCCGCCCGCCGCCGCCGCCGCACCGCCAGCCCGGGCCCCGCGCUGGCUAUGGCAGUGCCCCGGGGCUGAGCGCACAGGCUGUGUGAAGGAGAUUCCCGGGGAAGAGAGACUGAGGGGAAGAGAGAAAGAAGGGGCGGGCUCCUGGCAAGGCAUUUGCUCCUGAACCCAGUCCAGUGAAGAUGGAGAAAGAGGAAGAGACAACUCGGGAGCUGCUACUGCCCAACUGGCAGGGCAGCGGCUCCCAUGGGCUGACCAUUGCCCAGAGCAACGAUGGAGUCUUUGUGCAGAGAGUGAACCCCAACUCCCCUGCGGCCCGCACUGGGGUGGUCAAGGAGGGGGACCAGAUUGUGGGGGCCACCAUCUACUUCGACAACCUGCAGUCUGGGGAGGUGACCCAGCUGCUGAACACCAUGGGCCACCACACCGUGGGCCUGAAGCUGCACCGCAAGGGAGACCGCUCCCCUGAGCCUGGCCACCCCUGGACCCACGAAGUCUUCAGCUCCCACAGCAGCUCCGAGGUGGUUCUGAGCGGGGGUGAUGAGGAAUACCAGCGCAUCUACACCACAAAGAUCAAGCCUCGGCUGAGGUCGGAGGAUGGAGUGGAAGGGGACCUGGGGGAGACGCAGAGCCGUACCAUCACAGUGACCCGAAAGGUCACAGCCUACACUGUCGAUGUGACCGGCCCAGAAGGAGCCAAAGACAUUGACAUCAGCAGUCCUGAAUUCAUGAUCAAGAUCCCAAAGCAUGAAAUGACAGAAAUCUCCACCCUGGAUGUGGAGGCUCAGCCUGGGAAGACGGUGAUUAGACUGCCCUCGGGACCGGGGGCAGCCUCCCCAACCACGGGCUCUGCCCUGGACAUCCACCCAGGAGCCAUUUCUGCCUCGGGACCGGAGCUUCAGGGUACUGGCCACUCAAAACUCCAGGUCACCGUGCCUGGAAUAAAGGUGGGGAGUCCGGGCGUCGAUGUCAGCGUGAAGGGUGACAAAGGCGGGGUUCAAGGGCCAGGCGUCGACCUUUCAGCCUCACUCGGGGGUGGGACGGUAGACAUAGAGGGCCCCUCCCUCCAGAGUGGUGACAGUGGGAAAAUUAAAAUUCCUACCAUGAAGAUGCCAAAAUUUGGCAUUUCCACCGGGCCCCAGGGCCAGGCACCAGAGGUGGGGUUGAAUGUUUCCGCCCCUGAAUUCUCCCUGGGGCCCAAGGGUGGCAAGCCCGGCCUGACUGUCAGUGGGGACAUCAAGGAGCCUUCCCUGGAAGUCAAGGCGCCCUCCGUCAGUGUCAAGGGGCUGGAGGGGAAGCUGAAAGGCCCCCAACUCACCGGACCUUCACUGGAGGGCGACUUAGGCCUGAAGGGUGCUAAGGCACAGGGGAGCAUGGGAAUAGAUACUUCUGUUCCCCAAAUGGAGGGUGAGCUCACUGGCCCCAGGGUGGACGUUCAAGCCCCGGAUGUUGACGUCCAUGGGCCCAAGGGCAAAUUGAACGUGCCCAAGAUGAAAGUCCCCACGUUCUCUGUAGAAGGUUCGAAGGGAGCCGGGGCACGCGUGGAUGUGCCAGUGGGCGUGGGGGAAGUGACCCUUUCUGGGGUAUCUGGGGGUGUCAGCUUGCCUGAGGUUGCCCCUGGUGGGCUGGAAGGGAAGAUGAAGGGGGCUAAAGUCAAGACUCCCGAAAUGAUCGUUCAGAAGCCCAAGAUCUCCAUGCAGGAUGUGGACCUGAGCCUGAGGUCCCCCAAAUUGAAAGGAGACAUUAAGAUCCCAGUUCCUGAGGUGAAAGGCCCCCAAGUGGCAGUGAAGGGCUCCAAAGUGGAUGUAGAGACGCCGAGCUUAGGGGGGACCUUGGCAGGCCCCAAGCUUGGCGGUCUUUCUGGGAAGUCAGACACAUGUAGGAUCUCUGUGGCAGAUGUCGACUUGAACGUGGCUGCCCCAAAAGUGAAAGGGGGUGUCAAUGUCACCCUCCCAAAAGCCGAAGGGAAAGUCAAAGUUCCUGAUGUGGGCAUCAAGGGCCCCCACGGGGAUGUCAGUGCCCCAGAUGUAGAAGGUCACGGUCCAGAAUGGAACCUGAAAAUGCCCAAGAUGAAGGUGCCCAAGUUUAGCACUCCAGGAGUCAAAGGGGAAGGCCCAGAUCUAGACGUGACUCUGCCCAAAGGAGAUGUCAGUAUUUCAGGGCCAAAGGUCAGUGUAGAAACUCCAGAUGUCAACGUGGAAGGUCUGGGGGUCAAACUUAAAGGUCCUGAUGUUAAGCUGCCUGAAGGCAGUGUCAAGACACCAAAGAUCUCCAUGCCUGAUGUAGACCUGAAUGUAAAAGGUAUGAAGGUAAAGGGCGAGUACGAUGUAACAGUACCAAAGCUGGAGGGAGACCUGAAAGGCCCCAAAGUGGACAUUGCUGUCCCAGAUGUGGACGUUCAAGGCCCGGACUGGCAUCUGAAGAUGCCCAAGAUGAAAAUGCCCAAGUUCAGUGUGCCAGGGGUCAAAGCAGAGGGUCCUGAAGUGGAUGUGAACCUGCCCAAGGUGGAUGUGGACAUUUCUGGGCCCAAGGUAGAGGUCAGUGCUCCAGAAGUGAGCCUUGAAGGGCCAGAAGGAAAGGUGAAAGGGCCUAAGUUUAAAAUGCCUGAAGUGAACAUCAAAGCCCCAAAGAUCUCUGUACCAGAUGUGGACUUACAUUUGAAAGGCCCUAAUGCCAAGGGAACAUAUGACGUCACGGUUCCAAGGCCCGAAGGUGACAUUAAAGUUCCCGAUGUUGAACUUAAGAGUGCCAAAAUUGACAUUGCUGCCCCAGAUGUGGAUGUUCAAGGCCCAGACUGGCACCUGAAGAUGCCCAAGGUGAAAAUGCCCAAGUUCGGCAUGCCUGGCUUCAAAGCCGAGGGCCCAGAAGUGGACGUGAACCUGCCCAAGGCCGACCUCGAUGUGUCAGGACCCAAGGUAGACAUUGAUGUUCCAGAUGUGAAUGUUGAAGCUCCAGAUGUGAAAGUGAAGGGCCCCAAGAUCAAGAUGCCCGAGAUGAACAUCAAAGCUCCCAAGGUCUCCAUGCCUGAUGUGGAUUUGCAUAUGAAGAGUCCCAAGGUAAAGGGAGACUAUGAUGUCACGGCGCCAAAGCUGGAGGGAGACCUGAAAGGUCCCAAAGUGGAUGUCACUGCUCCGGAUGUUGACAUCCAAGGUCCAGAUUGGAGCUUGAAAAUGCCAAAGAUUAAAAUGCCCAAGUUCAGCAUGCCUAGCCUCAAAGGAGAGGGCCCAGAAAUAGACGUGAACCUGCCCAAGGCCCAGGUGGAUGUUUCUGCAUCAAAGCUUGAUAUGAGUGCUCCGGAUCUCAGCCUUGAGGGACCAGAAGGGAAGCUGAAGGGCCCCAAGUUUAAGAUGCCCGAGAUGCAUUUCAAGGCUCCAAAGAUGUCUCUGCCAGAUGUCGAUCUGGAUCUCAAAGGACCAAAAACAAAAGGAAAUCUAGAUCUGUCUGCACCAAAAAUAGAGGGAGAAAUAAAAGUCCCAGAUGUGGACAUCAAAGGUCCGAAGAUGGACGUUAAAGUGCCAGAGGUGGAAGGUUCAGACUGGAGCCUGAAGAUGCCCAAGAUGAAAAUGCCCAAGUUUGGCGUGCCCAGCCUCAAAGGCGAGGGCCCAGAUGUGGAUGUGAACCUGCCCAAGGCUGACGUUAAUGUCUCAGGACCCAGAGUGGACAUCGAAGUCCCAGAUGUGAGCCUGGAGGGCCCUGAAGGGAAGCUGAAGGGCCCCAAGUUCAAGAUGCCAGACAUGCACUUCAAGGCCCCCAAGGUCUCCAUGCCUGAUGUGGACUUGCAUCUGAAAGGCCCCAAGGUCAAGGGGGACAUGGACGUGACUGUGCCCAAAGUAGAAGGUGAAAUGAAAGUGCCAGAUGUGGACAUCAAGGGGCCUAAAGUGGACAUCAGUGCCCCAGAUGUGGACGUUCACGGUCCAGACUGGCACCUGAAGAUGCCCAAGAUGAAAAUGCCCAAGUUCAGCAUGCCUGGCUUCAAAGCCGAGGGCCCAGAAGUGGACAUGAACCUGCCCAAGGCUGACCUCAAUGUGUCAGGACCCAAGGUGGACAUUGAUGUUCCAGAUGUCAAUAUUGAAGCUCCAGAUGUGAACGUGAAGGGCCCCAAGUUCAAGAUGCCCGAGAUGAACAUCAAGGCGCCCAAAAUCUCCAUGCCCGACAUUGACCUUAAUCUGAAGGGGCCAAAGGUGAAGGGUGAUGUGGAUGUUUCUCUGCCCAAAGUAGAAGGUGAGAUUAAAGUUCCUGAAGUUGACCUCAAAGGCCCCAAAGUGGACAUUGAAGCCCCUGAUGUGGACGUUCAAGGUCCAGACUGGCACCUGAAGAUGCCCAAGAUAAAAAUGCCCAAGUUCAGCAUGCCUGGCUUCAAAGGAGAGGGCCCAGAAGUGGAUGUGAACCUGCCCAAGGCUGACCUCGAUGUCUCGGGACCCAAGGUGGACGUUGAUGUUCCAGAUGUGAAUGUCGAAGGGCCAGAUGCAAAACUAAAAGGUCCCAAAUUUAAGAUGCCAGAAAUGCAUAUAAAGCCUCAGAAGAUAUCCAUGCCAGAUGUUGGCUUACAUUUGAAAGGUCCUAAAGUGAAAGGAGAUUAUGAAGGGACAAUUCCAAAAGUAGAAGGAGAGAUAAAAGCUCCUGCUGUGGACAUCAAAGGCCCCAAAGUGGACAUUGCUGUUCCAGAUGUGGACGUUCACGGCCCAGACUGGCACCUGAAGAUGCCCAAGAUGAAAAUGCCCAAGUUUGGCAUGCCUGGCUUCAAAGCCGAGGGCCCUGAAGUGGAUGUGAACCUGCCCAAGGCUGACCUCGAUGUGUCAGGACCCAAGGUGGAUGUGGGUGUUCCAGAUGUGAAUGUAGAAGCUCCAGAAGGCAAAUUGAAAGGCCCUAAGUUUAAGAUGCCAAGCAUGAAUAUACAGACACACAAGAUCUCCAUGCCUGAUGUUGGGCUGAAUCUGAAAGCUCCUAAACUGAAAGGCGAUGUGGACGUGUCCCUUCCCAAAGUGGAGGGCAACUUGAAAGGCCCAGAAAUUGACGUGAAAGCCCCGAAAAUGGAUGUGGAUGUUGGGGAUAUUGACAUUGAGUGUCCAGAAGGAAAGCUAAAGGGCCCCAAGUUCAAGAUGCCAGACAUGCACUUCAAAGCCCCCAAGAUCUCCAUGCCUGACGUGGACUUGCAUCUGAAAGGCCCCAAGGUCAAGGGGGACAUGGACGUGACUGUGCCCAAAGUAGAAGGUGAAAUGAAAGUGCCAGAUGUGGACAUCAAGGGGCCUAAAGUGGACAUCAGUGCCCCAGAUGUGGACGUUCACGGUCCAGACUGGCACCUGAAGAUGCCCAAGAUGAAAAUGCCCAAGUUCAGCAUGCCUGGCUUCAAAGCAGAGGGCCCUGAAGUGGAUGUGAACCUGCCCAAGGCUGACAUCGACGUGUCGGGACCCAAGGUGGACAUUGAUACUCCUGAUUUGGAUAUUGAGGGACCAGAAGGAAAACUGAAAGGCUCCAAAUUUAAGAUGCCCAAGUUUAAUAUCAAAGCUCCUAAAAUAUCUAUGCCAGAUGUGGACUUGAAUUUGAAGGGACCCAAACUGAAAGGAGAACUAGAUGCUUCUGUGCCGGAAGUAGAAGGUGAGCUGAGAGGCCCCCAUGUUGACAUUAAAGGUCCUAGCAUGGACGUGGAAGUGCCUGAUGUCGAUCUGGAAUGUCCUGAUGCAAAGUUGAAGGGCCCCAAGUUCAAGAUGCCAGACAUGCACUUCAAGGCCCCCAAGGUCUCCAUGCCUGAUGUGGACUUGCAUCUGAAAGGUCCCAAGGUCAAGGGGGACAUGGACGUGACUGUACCGAAGUUGGAAGGAGAUUUGAAAGGUCCUAGUGUGGACGUGGAAAUGCCUAGUGUUGAUCUGGAAUGUCCCGAUGCAAAGUUGAAAGGCCCCAAGUUCAAGAUGCCAGACAUGCACUUCAAGGCCCCCAAGAUCUCCAUGCCUGACGUGGACUUACAUCUGAAAGGCCCCAAGGUCAAAGGUGAUGUAGAUGUGACUGUACCAAAGUUGGAAGGAGAUCUGAAAGGUCCUAGCGUGGACGUGGAAAUGCCUAGUGUUGAUCUAGAAUGUCCCGAUGCAAAGUUGAAGGGCCCCAAGUUCAAGAUGCCAGACAUGCACUUCAAGGCCCCCAAGAUCUCCAUGCCUGACGUGGACUUGCAUCUGAAAGGCCCCAAGGUCAAGGGGGACAUGGACGUGACUGUGCCCAAAGUAGAAGGUGAAAUGAAAGUGCCAGAUGUGGACAUUGAAGGUCCGGAUGUGAAUAUUGAAGGGCCAGAGGGGAAGUUGAAGGGCCCCAAGUUCAAAAUGCCAGACAUGCAUUUCAAGGCCCCCAAGAUCUCCAUGCCUGACGUGGACUUGCAUCUGAAAGGCCCCAAGGUCAAGGGGGACAUGGACGUGUCUGUGCCAAAAUUGGAAGGAGAUUUGAAAGGUCCUAGUGUGGACGUGGAAGUGCCUAGUGUCGAUCUAGAAUGUCCUGAUGCAAAGUUGAAGGGCCCCAAGUUCAAGAUGCCAGACAUGCACUUCAAGGCCCCCAAGAUCUCCAUGCCUGACGUGGACUUGCAUCUGAAAGGCCCCAAGGUCAAGGGGGACAUGGACGUGUCUGUGCCAAAAUUGGAAGGAGAUUUGAAAGGUCCUAAGGUGGAGGUGGAAGUGCCUAGUGUUGAUCUGGAAUGUCCCGAUGCAAAGUUGAAGGGCCCCAAGUUCAAGAUGCCAGACAUGCACUUCAAGGCCCCCAAGAUCUCCAUGCCUGAUGUUGAUUUCAACUUAAAGGGUCCUAAAAUCAAAGGGGACAUUGAUGCCUCUGCUCCAAAACUUGAGGGAGAAUUCAAAGCUCCUGAACUAGAUAUCAAGGGCCCCAAAUUGGAUGUUGACCUCCCAGAAGGAGUUGUGGAAGGUCCAGAGGGCAAAUGGAAAAGUCCUAAGUUCAAGAUGCCAGAGAUGCACUUUAAAACUCCCAAAAUAUCCAUGCCAGACAUUGACCUACAUUUGAAAGGACCAAAGACAAAAGGAGAGGUAGGCAUAGAAGUUCCUAAAUUAGAAGGAGACCUCAAAGGGCCACACGUGGACAUCAGUGGCCCAGACAUUGACAUUGAAGGACCAGAGGGCAAACUGAAAGGCCCCAAGUUCAAGAUGCCUGACAUGAACAUCAAAGCCCCCAAGAUCUCCAUGCCUGACUUUGAUUUGCACCUGAAAGGUCCUAAAGUGAAGGGUGAUGUGGAUGUGUCUCUGCCCAAAGUGGAAGGUGACCUCAAGGGUCCUGAAGUUGACCUCAAAGGCCCUAAAGUGGACAUCAAUGCCCCUGAUGUAGAUGUUCAAGGCCCAGACUGGCACCUGAAGAUGCCCAAGAUAAAAAUGCCCAAGUUCAGCAUGCCUGGCUUCAAAGCAGAGGGCCCGGAAGUGGAUGUGAACCUGCCCAAGGCUGACAUCGAUGUCUCAGGACCCACAGUAGACAUCGAAGGGCCGGAAGUUAACAUCGAAGGACCAGAAGGAAAGCUGAAGGGGCCUAAGUUCAAGAUGCCUGAGAUGAACAUUAAAGCCCCCAAGAUCUCCAUGCCUGACAUUGAUCUUAAUCUGAAGGGCCCCAAAGUGAAGGGUGAUGUGGAUGUGUCUCUGCCCAAAGUAGAAGGUGAGAUUAAAGUUCCUGAUGUUGACCUCAAAGGUCCCAAAGUGGACAUUGAUGCCCCUGAUGUGGACGUUCAAGGUCCAGACUGGCACCUGAAGAUGCCCAAGAUAAAAAUGCCCAAGUUCAGCAUGCCUGGCUUCAAAGGAGAGGGCCCAGAAGUGGAUGUGAACCUGCCCAAGGCUGACCUCGAUGUCUCGGGACCCAAGGUGGACAUUGAGGGCCCUGAGGUUAACAUUGAAGGACCAGAAGGAAAACUGAAAGGUCCCAAGUUCAAGAUGCCUGAGAUGAACAUCAAGGCCCCAAAGAUCUCCAUGCCUGACUUUGAUUUGCACCUGAAAGGUCCUAAAGUGAAGGGUGAUGUGGAUGUGUCUCUGCCUAAAGUAGAAGGUGACCUCAAGGGUCCUGAAGUUGACCUGAAAGGCCCCAAAGUGGACCUCAGUGCCCCAGAUGUGGACGUUCAAGGCCCAGACUGGCACCUGAAGAUGCCCAAGGUGAAAAUGCCCAAGUUCAGCAUGCCUGGCUUCAAAGCCGAGGGCCCAGAAGUGGAUGUGAACCUGCCCAAGGCUGACCUUGAUGUCUCGGGACCCAAGGUGGACAUUGAUGUUCCAGAUGUCAAUAUUGAAGCUCCAGAUGUGAAAGUGAAGGGCCCCAAGUUCAAGAUGCCCGAGAUGAACAUCAAGGCGCCCAAGAUCUCCAUGCCCGACAUUGACCUUAAUCUGAAGGGGCCAAAGGUGAAGGGCGAUGUGGAUGUUUCCCUGCCUAAAGUAGAAGGUGAGAUUAAGGUUCCUGAUGUUGACCUCAAAGGCCCCAAAGUGGACAUUGAUGCCCCCGAUGUGGACGUUCAAGGCCCAGACUGGCACCUGAAGAUGCCCAAGAUGAAAAUGCCCAAGUUCGGCAUGCCUGGCUUCAAAGCCGAGGGCCCUGAAGUGGAUGUGAGCCUGCCCAAGGCUGACCUCGAUGUGUCGGGACCCAAGGUGGACAUUGAUGUUCCAGAUGUGAAUGUUGAAGCUCCAGAUAUGAAAGUGAAGGGCCCCAAGUUCAAGAUGCCUGAGAUGAACAUCAAGGCCCCGAAGAUCUCCAUGCCUGAUUUGGAUCUUAAUCUGAAGGGUCCCAAAGUGAAAGGAGAUGUGGACGUUUCACUUCCAAAUAUAGAGGCCGAUUUGAAAGGACCUAGUCUAGAUAUAAAAGGUCCCAAGGUAGAUUUAGAAGCUCCAGAUAUUGACAUUCAUGGCCCUGAGGGCAAACUAAAGGGCCCCAAACUGAAGAUGCCUGACAUGCAUAUGAAUAUGCCCAAGAUCUCCAUGCCAGAAAUUGACUUGAAUUUGAAAGGUUCAAAGCUGAAGGGAGAUGUGGAUAUCUCUGGGCCCAAACUGGAGGCUGACAUGAAGACCCCAAAAUUGGAUGUAAAGGGCCCCGAAGUGGACAUUUCUGGUCCCAAGGUCAACAUUGAAGGCAAGUCAAAGAAAUCUCGCUUCAAGCUCCCCAAAUUUAAUUUUUCAGGCUCCAAAGUUCAGGCGCCUGAGGUAGAUGUCAAAGUUAAGAAGCCAGACAUCGAUGUAACAGGUCCAAAAGUUGAUAUUAAUGCUCCUGAAGUUGAGGUCCAAGGAAAAGCCAAAGGAUCCAAGUUUAAAAUGCCUUUCCUGACUAUUUCAUCCCCCAAAGUGUCUAUGCCUGAUGUGGAACUCAAUUUGAAAGGGCCCAAAGUCAAAGGUGACUUAGAUGUCACAGGGCCUCAUUUAGAAGGUGAAUUUAAAAGUCCAAAAGUGGACAUAGGGGCUCCAGCCGUCCAUGUUGAUGCCCCAGAUGCUGAUGUCCAUGGUCCGGAUUGGAGCGUGAAAAUGCCCAAGAUGAAAAUCCCCAAGUUCAGUGUGCCUGGAGUAAAAGCAGAAGGACCCGAUGUGGCUGUGGAUUUGCCUAAAGGAGACCUCAACAUACAAGGUCCCGGAAUGAACAUUGAGGCUCCAGUACUCAGUGUGGAAGGUCCAGAAGGAAGCAUAAAAGGCCCCAAGUUCAAGAUGCCCGAGAUGAACAUCAAGGCCCCCAAGAUCUCCAUGCCUGACAUUGACUUAAAUCUGAAGGGUCCCAAGUUGAAAGGUGAUGUGGAUGUAUCUCUGCCCAAGGUGGAAGGUGACCUCAAGGGCCCUGAAGUUGACAUCAAAGGCCCCAAAGUGGACAUCAGUGCCCCCGAUGUGGACGUUAAAGGCCCAGACUGGCACCUGAAGAUGCCCAAGGUGAAAAUGCCCAAGUUCGGCAUGCCUGGCUUCAAAGCCGAGGGCCCAGAAGUGGAUGUGAACCUGCCCAAGGCUGACAUCGAUGUGUCAGGACCCAAGGUGGACAUUGAUGUUCCAGAUGUGAAUGUUGAAGCUCCAGAUAUGAAAGUGAAGGGCCCCAAGUUCAAGAUGCCAGAGAUGAACAUCAAGGCCCCCAAGAUCUCCAUGCCUGACUUUGAUCUAAAUUUGAAAGGCCCCAAAAUAAAGGGUGAUGUGGACGUCUCUUUGCCAAAAGUAGAAGGUGAUUUAAAGGCCCCUGAAGUAGACAUCAAGGGCCCUAAAGUGGACAUUGAUACUCCAGAUAUCAACAUAGAAGGUCCAGAAGGUAAAUUGAAGGGACCCAAAUUUAAGAUGCCAGAGAUGCACCUCAAGGCUCCCAAAAUUUCAAUGCCUGACACUGAUCUAAACCUAAAGGGGCCCAAGACAGGGGGUGAGGUGGACGUUUCCCUUCCCAAGAUUGAAGGGGAUUUAAAAGGCCCAAAUGUUGAUAUCAAAGGUCCAAAAAUGGAUAUCAAUGUCCCAGAUGUGGAAGCCCACGGCCCAGACUGGCACCUGAAGAUGCCCAAGAUAAAAAUGCCCAAGUUCAGCAUGCCUGGCUUCAAAGCAGAGGGCCCGGAAGUGGAUGUGAACCUGCCCAAGGCUGACCUCGAUGUCUCGGGACCCACAGUAGACAUCGAAGGGCCGGAAGUUAACAUCGAAGGACCGGAAGGAAAGCUGAAGGGGCCUAAGUUCAAGAUGCCUGAGAUGAACAUUAAAGCCCCCAAGAUCUCCAUGCCUGACAUUGAUCUUAAUCUGAAGGGCCCCAAAGUGAAGGGCGAUGUGGAUGUGUCUCUGCCCAAAGUAGAAGGUGAGAUUAAAGUUCCUGAUGUUGACCUCAAAGGUCCCAAAGUGGACAUUGAUGCCCCUGAUGUGGACGUUCAAGGUCCAGACUGGCACCUGAAGAUGCCCAAGAUAAAAAUGCCCAAGUUCAGCAUGCCUGGCUUCAAAGGAGAGGGCCCAGAAGUGGAUGUGAACCUGCCCAAGGCUGACCUCGAUGUCUCGGGACCCAAGGUGGACAUUGAGGGCCCUGAGGUUAACAUUGAAGGACCAGAAGGAAAACUGAAAGGUCCCAAGUUCAAGAUGCCUGAGAUGAACAUCAAGGCCCCAAAGAUCUCCAUGCCUGACUUUGAUUUGCACCUGAAAGGUCCUAAAGUGAAGGGUGAUGUGGAUGUUUCUCUGCCCAAAGUAGAAGGUGACCUCAAGGGUCCUGAAGUUGACCUGAAAGGCCCCAAAGUGGACCUCAGUGCCCCAGAUGUGGACGUUCAAGGCCCAGACUGGCACCUGAAGAUGCCCAAGGUGAAAAUGCCCAAGUUCGGCAUGCCUGGCUUCAAAGCCGAGGGCCCAGAAGUGGAUGUGAACCUGCCCAAGGCUGACCUCGAUGUGUCAGGACCCAACGUGGACAUUGAAGGUCCUGAUGUUGACAUUCAUGGUCCAGAAGGCAAACUGAAGGGCCCCAAGUUCAAAAUGCCUGAUCUGCAUCUCAAGGCGCCCAAGAUCUCCAUGCCUGACAUUGACCUUAAUCUGAAGGGGCCAAAGGUGAAGGGCGAUGUGGAUGUCUCUCUGCCCAAAGUGGAAGGUGACCUCAAAGGUCCUGAAGUUGACAUCAAAGCCCCCAAAGUGGACAUCAAUGCCCCUGAUGUGGACGUUCAAGGCCCAGACUGGCACCUGAAGAUGCCCAAGAUAAAAAUGCCCAAGUUCGGCAUGCCUGGUUUCAAAGCUGAGGGCCCAGAUGUUGAUGUGAACCUGCCCAAGGCUGACCUCGAUGUGUCAGGACCCAAGGUGGACAUUGAUGUUCCAGAUGUGAAUGUUGAAGCUCCAGAUGUGAAAGUGAAGGGCCCCAAGUUCAAGAUGCCUGAGAUGAACAUCAAGGCCCCCAAGAUCUCCAUGCCUGACAUUGAUUUGCAUCUCAAGGGUCCCAAAGUGAAGGGUGAUGUUGAUGUUUCUCUGCCCAAAGUGGAAGGUGACCUCAAGGGCCCUGAAGUUGACCUCAAAGGCCCUAAAGUGGACAUCAGUGCCCCAGAUGUGGAUGUUCAAGGCCCAGACUGGCACCUGAAGAUGCCCAAGAUGAAAAUGCCCAAGUUCGGCAUGCCUGGCUUCAAAGCCGAGGGCCCAGAAGUGGACGUGAACCUGCCCAAGGCUGACCUGGAUGUCUCAGGACCGAAGGUAGACAUUGAUGUUCCAGAUGUAAAUGUUGAAGCUCCAGAUGUGAAAGUGAAGGGCCCCAAGUUCAAAAUGCCUGAGAUGAACAUUAGAGCUCCCAAGAUCUCCAUGCCUGACUUUGACUUGCAUCUCAAAGGUCCUAAAGUGAAGGGGGAUGCAGACCUUUCCCUGCCUAAGGUGGAAGGUGACAUCAAGUGCCCUGAUAUCGAUAUGAAGGGCCCCAGCAUAGACAUUGACACCCCUGAUGUCAACAUUGAAGGUCCAGAAGGAAAACUCAAAGGGCCGAAAUUUAAGAUGCCAGACAUGCAUAUCAAAGCUCCUAAGAUCUCCAUGCCUGACUUUGACUUACAUCUCAAAGGGCCAAAAGCAAAGGGAGAUGUGGACCUUUCGCUGCCUAAAGUGGAAGGUGGUCUGCAGGGGCCAGAUGUGCACAUCGAAGGCCCGGAAGGGAAACUCAAAGGUCCCAAAUUUAAAAUGCCCGAUGUUCAUUUCAAAACCCCACAAAUCUCCAUGAGCGACAUUGAUUUGAACUUGAAAGGACCUAAGGUAAAGGGAGAUGUGGACAUUUCUCUUCCCAAACUGGAAGGAGAUCUCAAAGGCCCCAAAAUGGAUGUGUCAGGACCCAACGUAGAUCUAGAAAUGCCUGAUGUUGACAUUCAUGGUCCAGAAGGCAAACUGAAGGGCCCCAAGUUCAAAAUGCCUGAUCUGCAUCUCAAGGCGCCCAAGAUCUCCAUGCCUGAAGUUGACCUACAUCUGAAGGGGCCAAAAGUGAAGGGCGAUGUGGAUGUUUCUCUGCCCAAAGUGGAAGGUGAUUUCAAAGGUCCUGAAGUUGACAUCAAAGCCCCCAAAGUGGACAUUGAUGUCCCAGAUGUGGACGUUCAAGGCCCAGACUGGCACCUGAAGAUGCCCAAGGUGAAAAUGCCCAAGUUCGGCAUGCCUGGCUUCAAAGCCGAGGGCCCAGAAGUGGAUGUGAGCCUGCCCAAGGCUGACCUCGAUGUCUCGGGACCCAAGGUGGACAUUGAUGUUCCAGAUGUGAAUGUUGAAGCUCCAGAUGUGAAAGUGAAGGGCCCCAAGUUCAAGAUGCCAGAGAUGAACAUCAAGGCCCCCAAGAUCUCCAUGCCCGACAUUGAUUUGCAUCUCAAGGGUCCCAAAGUGAAGGGAGAUGUGGAUGUUUCUCUGCCCAAAGUAGAAGGUGACCUCAAGGGCCCUGAAGUUGACCUCAAAGGCCCUAAAGUGGACAUCAGUGCCCCAGAUGUGGACGUUCAAGGCCCAGACUGGCACCUGAAGAUGCCCAAGGUGAAAAUGCCCAAGUUCAGCAUGCCUGGCUUCAAAGCCGAGGGCCCAGAAGUGGAUGUGAACCUGCCCAAGGCUGACCUCGAUGUCUCGGGACCCAAGGUGGACAUUGAUGUUCCAGAUGUGAAUGUUGAAGCUCCAGAUGUGAAAGUGAAGGGCCCCAAGUUCAAGAUGCCGGAGAUAAAUAUCAAGGCUCCCAAAAUCUCCAUGCCUGAUGUUGAUCUGGAUUUAAAGGGCCCCAAAGUAAAAGGAGAGUUUGAUGUGACUGUUCCUAAGAUGGAAGGUUCUUUGAAAGGGCCCGAUGUAGAUCUUAAAGGCCCCGAUGCCAAACUCAGUGGCCCUCAUUUGAAGAUGCCAUCCUUGGAUAUAUCUGCUCCUAAAGUGACUGUUCCUGAGGUCGAUUUGCAUCUCAAGACACCCCAAAUUGGCAUUUCCGGUCCCAAGUUAGAAGGUGGUGAAAUCAACCUGAAGGGACCCAAAGUUGAUUUAGAAACUCCAAGCUUAGACGUGAACCUGGAGGGCCCAGAUAUGAACAUCGAGGGACCAGAUGUGAAAAUUCCUAAAUUCAAGAAACCAAAGUUUGGCUUUGGUGCAAAAAGCCCGAAGGCUGACAUCAAGUCCCCUUCACUGGAGGUGACGGGCCCUGAGGCCGAACUGAACGUUGAGACUCCGGAAGUGAGUGUAAGUGGCAAAGGCAAGAAGAGCAAGUUCAAGAUGCCUAAAAUUCACAUGAGCGGACCUAAAGUGAAAGCCAAGAAACAGGGAUUUGAUGUGAAUGUUCCUGCAGGUGAGGUAGAUGCCAGUCUCAAGGUUCCUGAGCUGGAGGCCAAUGUCACAGGGCCAGAUGCUGCCUUCAAGGUUGACAUGAAAUCUCCCAAAACCAAGAAAACCAUGUUUGGAAAAAUGUACUUCCCAGAUGUAGAGUUUGACCUUAAGUCACCCAAAUUAAAAGCUGAGGCUCCCCUGCCCAGCCCCAAGAUGGAGGGUGAAAUCCAGGCCCCUGAGGUGGAUAUUUCAUCACCAGGGAUUCAUCUAGAAGGUCCUGACAUCAAAAUGAAGUCUCCAAAGUUCAAGAUGCCAGGUGUGGAUGUCUCAGGGCCCAAACUGGAGGGAGACUUCAAAGGCCCCAGCUUCCAGGCGAAUUUCAACACACCCGACAUCAGCAUCGAAGGCGGCGAUGCCAAAGUCAAAACAGCAUCUUUCGGCGUUUCUGCUCCUCAAGUCUCUUUGCCUGACGUGAACGUGAACUUGAAAGGACCAAAGAUGAAAGGUGAUGUCCCCAGUGUGGGACUGGAAGGACCGGACCUAGAUCUGCAAGGUCCCGAUGCCAAAAUCAAGUUCCCCAAGUUCUCAAUGCCCAAGAUCAGUGUCCCCGGUGUGAAAAUAGAAGGCGGGGGAGCUGAGGUCCAUGCCCAGGGACCUUCUCUUGAAGGAGGCUUGAGCACACCAGAUGUGAAGCUUGGAGGGCCAGGAGUAGACCUGCCUUCGGUGAACCUUUCUAUGCCCAACAUCUCUGGGCCUGACCUUGACCUGAACUUGAAAGGACCAAGUCUGAAAGGAGACCUGGCUGCAUCCAUUCCCGGCAUGAAGAUGCACGGCCCGGGGCUUGACGUCAGCGGUGUCGGUGGAAAGGUACAGCUGGAAGGAGGUGGUGUUGGCGCGCCAGACCUGACACUGAAGGGACCAAACCUCCAGGGAGAUCUGGCUGUGUCUGGCGACAUCAAGUGCCCGGAAGUAUCUGUAGGUGCUCCCAGCCUGAGCUUGGAGGCAUCGGAAGGUGGCAUUAAAUUUCCCGAAAUGAAACUGCCCCACUUCAACCUUUCUACUCCAGGAUCCGACUUGGACAUUCAUCUCCAGGGGCCACAAGUGUCUGGCGGCCUCCUGGGGCCAGGCAUGGGUGUGAACCUGAAAGGGCCCCAGAUCUCAGCACCGGGCGUGGACUUGAACUUGGAAGGACCAAAGGUAAAAGGAAGCCUGGGUGCCUCUGGGGACUUGGGAGGCGGCCUCAACGUCAGUGGGGCUCUCCCGGGCGUCAGUGUCCCAGGCCUGGAGGGAAAACUCCAGAUGCCAGGAAUGAAGUCCUCUGGCUGCGAUGUGAGCCUGCCCUCUGUGGACCUGCAGCUCCCCACCGGGCAGAUCUCCGCUCCUGAGAUCAAAGGCCAUCUGAAGGGUUCGGGGCUCGACGGCCGCGGAACUGCUCCGGAUAUCAGCAUCAAGGGGCCUUCCUUCACUACGACGGCUCCGGAGUCAGAGUUUGGUGUCAGCUUGAAGGGUCCGAAAAUCAAAGGUGGCAUCGAUGUUUCAGGGGCUGUCGGUGCCCCCGAUCUCAGCCUGGGUGAAGGACAUGUAGGUGUCAAAGGCCCCGGGGUUGAGUGGAAGGGACCCCAAGUCUCCUCUGCUCUCAACUUGGAUGCGUCAAAGCUGGCCGGGGGCCUUCAUUUCUCAGGACCAAAGGUAGAAGGAGGAGUGAAAGGAGGCGAGGUGGGACUGCAGGGUGCCGGGUUGAGCGUUUCCGGGCCUCAAUGUCACUUGGAAAGUGGAUCUGGAAAAGUUACAUUCCCCAAGAUGAAGAUCCCCAAGUUUACCUUCUCUGGCCGGGAGCUGGUUGGCAGAGAAGUUGGGGUGGAUGUCAAUUUCCCUCACGUGGAAGCCCACGGGCAGGCCAGCGCCGGAGAAGGGGAAUGGGAGGAAUCGGAAGUGAAGCUGAAGAAAUCAAAAAUCAAAAUGCCCAAGUUUAACUUUUCCAAGCCAAAAGGGAAAGGUGUCACCGGCUCCCCGGAAGCAUCGAUUUCUGGGUCUAAGGGGGACCUGAAAAGCUCCAAAGCCAGCCUGGGUUCUCUGGAAGGAGAGGCCCAAGCAGAAGCAUCCUCUCCCAAGGGCAGAUUCUCCCUGUUCAAAAGCAAGAAACCCAGGCACCGCUCCAAUUCGUUCAGCGACGAGAGGGAGUUGUCGGCGCCCUCCACCCCGACGGGGACCCUGGAAUUCGAAGGCGGAGAGCUGUCCCUGGAAGCUGGGAAAGGCAAAGGCAAGCAUGGCAAGCUGAAAUUCGGUACCUUUGGUGGCCUGGGGUCAAAGAGCAAAGGUCACUAUGAGGUAACUGGGAGCGACGAGGAGGCAAGCAAGUUACAGGGGAGUGGCGUGUCUUUGGCCUCUAAGAAGUCCCGGCUAUCCUCUUCUUCUAGCAAUGACAGUGGCACGAAGGUUGGCAUCCAGUUGCCAGAGGUAGAACUGGCGGUUUCUACCAAGAAAGAGUAGUGGGCCUUUGUAUGUGUGUACAUAUAUAUGUAUAUAUUAAAAAAAAAGAGUAUGUCAGCCUUGGGUGUGUUUGUAUAUAAACUCCAGAGAAACACCCCCACAGCCUCAGCAAUAAAUGCAAAGAUUGGGGCCUCUGCCCUUG